AUGCGCUCUCCGCCCGCCUACAUGAAUUACCACCCUCCUCCGGUCAACGGCCAUAUUCCCCCUAUGUACGCGCAGCAUUAUCCACCACCAUGGUACAAUGGCUACCCCCAAAUGCAUGCACCGCCACCAGGCGUCCCCAUGCCUCCGGGACCACCACCGCCCCGUCCAUACCAGCAGCCUCCAUACAGUCAUGGCCCGUUGAUAGUCUCGUCGUCGUAUCCGCACUCGCAACCAGUUCCAGCACCUAUGCAUGUUCCAUCAAACGUGUAUUCCCAGCCGCCAUCCACAACGUCGACGCCUAUCCAGUCUGCCACGUCUCCUCCUCCAAUGAAUGAAUAUCAGAUGAUAAUAGACGGUCACGAACGCCCGUCGUCUGUACAUUCUGCAUUAUCAACACCAAGUGGCAUAGCCUCUUCCCCUGCUCUGGUCGCAGAAUUACCUAAAGGUGGUCUGCUACCACACAUACCUUUCCGUGCACCUCUUCCUUGGCUUUCUGUACCGGACGAACCCUUCCCUAUCCGUGCUCCACACAAGCGUCGCAGUGGGCGAUCAUUGCAAACUUCUAAAGUCGCUGUUGAGCUUCCUGCUAAGGAUUCUCAAAAGCAAGAUCUCGCUCAUGUUAACGAGAAGCAAGCUUCUACACAAGGCGAUAGUCUCUCGGAGCCGCAGACACCUACGACAUCUCAGGCGCCAUCAGAGUCUGAUUCGACACAUCCUACCACACCUUCUUCCACAACACUUGCAUCUCGUUCUCGAGACCAAAUCCAGACUCCUAAACAAACAACGAUAGUUCCUGUGGUUCCAAUAUUACCCCAGGUCCCUGUCACGCCAAAGCAGUCCGGUUCCGCCCAUGAGCACGAACAAAGAGACUCUGCGCAGGUUCCGGGCGAGGCAGCUGGCCAAGAAAGCCCGGAACAAGCCACAACACCCGCUCCUGCAGCGCCAAAGUCAUGGGCUGAUUUGGUUCGGGCAAAGUCAGCUCGCGCUGCCGGCAUCGUUCCAAAUGUGCCAGUCGAAUCAGACAAUCUACAGGCUCCUCGCAGCGAGUCACUCGGUGAUGUUUUGGCAAGUCUUGGUCCCAACGUGGACCAAUUUGGCGAGAAAAUUGCAUUCUUGGAGCCUAGAGGCCUCGUUAACACGGGUAACAUGUGCUAUAUGAAUUCAGUACUACAAAUUUUGGCAUUUUGUGUGCCCUUCUACCAAUUCCUUGAUUACAUCGGUCACCGCGCAACUCACAGCUUCAAGAGUGAUGUGCCUUUGAUUGAUGCAACCAUUAUGUUCAUGAGGGAAUUCAGAGUGAUUGAUGCUGCGCGAUCAGAAGAUCAAUUGCGCAUGCGUUUGAAACACAAGGAAUUGGAAGAGUACGGAGAAGCAUUUAUUCCGGAGUUCGUCUAUGAAGUGAUACGACAACUUCCACGCUUCCGUGACAUGAGGCGCGGUCAUCAACAAGACGCACAGGAAUUUCUUGGCUUUUUCUUGGAAGAACUCCACGAGGAAUGUGCUCAUGCUUUCAAAAAUGGUGCUUCUCAAGUUAAUGCAGCCUCUACUGAGCCUUCUUCGGAUGCGGAUGAAUGGCUUGAAGUCGGCCAGAAACAGAAAUCUGCUAUCACUCGAUCUUCAGGUGACGUCGAUUUUGAAUCUCCGAUCACUAAGAUCUUUGGAGGCAAAAUUCGCUCAGAGUUCAAAGUUCCUGGAAAUAAGAACUCGGUGACAUUGGAGCCCUAUCAACCUCUGCAGCUGGACAUUGGGUCACCUGAAGUCAACAACAUUAUCGAUGCUUUGAAGGGCCUUACUAAACCUGAAACCAUUCACGGAGAUUUCAGUUCUCCCAGAGGCCCCAAGGUUGCUGCUACUAAGCAGAUCUUCAUCGAGACUCUGCCUCCAGUACUUAUUCUUCACCUCAAGCGGUUCCAGUACGAUAGCGUCACACAUGGCACUCAAAAGAUUUGGAAGAAAGUCGGAUAUCCGUUGGAAUUGGAGAUACCCCGUGAAGUCUUUCCUCCUCAUCGCCGCAACGCUAUGGCAAUCCAUAGCGGACUUCCACAUUAUCGGCUUAUCGGUGUCAUCUACCAUCAUGGAAAGAAUGCUAGUGGCGGCCACUAUACAGUAGAUGUGAGACGCCAGGACGGUCGCGAAUGGAUCAGGAUGGACGACACUGUUAUUCGACGAGUACGCAGUGAGGACGUGGCCGAAGCUGGGGGCGAGGAGGAUCCCAAGGUGCUCGCAGCAGCGCUAGAACAGCAUAAGCGUGACAACAACCCGAAUAUCUACGAGCAAAUCGAUCAAAGCAAUCAGAUCGAUGAUGAAGCUGGGUGGAGUCAAGUUAAUGGCGGACCCAACGGUCACGCAAGCAAGAAAUCCACCAGUGGCGUUGUCAACGGUGUUUCGUCACCUGCGGCUUCAGCCAACUCCCCCGGCAAUAGGACACCUCUUGGAAGAUAUGGCGCUCGUGACAACAAAGUUGCGUAUCUCCUAUUUUACCAACGUAUUUCUGCGCCUUAA